AUGGCGCAAAACAUCUACGACCGUCAAGACUUCUUCGACGCCUACGACAAGUACAUCGACCGCUCCUCCAAGGACGUCGACACCGACCCGGCCUGGAACCGCCUCGCGCCCCUCGUGCCCCCCGUCGCGGGCCUCGACGUCCUCGACCUCGGCUGCGGCAGCGGCUGGUUCUGCCGCUGGGCGGCCGCCCACGGCGCGCGCUCCGUCCUGGGCGUCGACGUCUCCGAGAAGAUGCUCGCCAAGGCCCGCGGGCUCUCCGCAGCGACGACGACAACAGAGGAGCACGCGCGCAUCGAGUACCGCCGCGCCGACCUCGACGAGCUUACCCUCCCGGAGAGCGACACCGCGCGCUACGGCCUCGUCUUUAGCUCCCUUGCGCUGCAUUACCUCGCUGACCUGCCGCGCGUCGUGGCCCUCGCGCAUCGCGUCCUUGCCCCCGGCGGCUUCUUCGUCUUCAACGUCGAGCACCCCAUUUACACGGCGCCGCGGAACCCGCGCGUCGUGCGCGCCGCGCCCGUCGCUGAUGAGAAUUCGCAGGGCGCCAGUGACGACGCGCAAGGGGAGCUCUGCUGGCCGCUGACCAGCUACGGCGACGAUGGCGAGCGCGUCGUCGACUGGCUCGCCAAGGGCCUGCGCAAGUACCACCGCUCCGUGACGGGGUACAUGGACGUGCUCCUCGCGCAGGGCUUCCUCGUCCGCGCGUUCAAGGAGUUUUUCCCCACCGAGGAAGAGCUGGCGAGCGGGAGGGCAGACGAGGUGGAGAAGCUGCGGCCGUUGUUUCUCAUGAUGAGCCUACAGAAGCAGAAUUGA